CUUCCGCAGGCCCGGAUCUGACGCGCCGCGCAUGCGCGUAACGCGCCUCAGCCAUCAGCACUCGAACCCGAUUCAAACUCAGUCAGAAGAUGUUAGAAAUUAAUUAAUGAGCGGAUUCUGAAAUUUCACAUAACAUCCUACAUUAUUAAACUGUCGUUUUUCUACUGCGUGUUUGUUUUGUCUCUUAAAUUGAAAAUGUGAAAGAAUAAAGAAUUUGCUUUAUUUGUAUGAUAAGCUUUACAUAUAUACACACGCAAUUUAAUUUAAUAAUAAUUAAUUUAAUAAAAUAAAAUUAUGUUUCAUCAAUAUAUCAAUGAAAUAAACAUGGUGGACAAAUUUUCUCCCCAAAUUAAAUCUAAUUAAGUUUUCGUCCCACCUGUCCUCACUUCAUUAAGUGUUUUUGUUUCUUCUGCCAAUUAUUAUGUGAAAAUUAAUAGUCGAAUUUAAGAUUGCUCAUGAUUCAAUGAUCGUCCGUCUUAAAAUUCCAUCUGAUAUUUAAGAAUAUUUUGAUAAAGCGAGUAGUUUACCUUAUUAUUGGCUUCAGAUCUGAAGGAAGGCCUCGACUGAAGCACGAGCACGAGCACGAGCACACACACACACACACACACAAUGAAAGAAUGAAGUGAUUGACGAUAUAAAGCGAGUAAAUUCAGUCAGAUGUUUUGAGGAGAUCAAUGAGAUUCACUGGAAUGGAAGAACUGAUCAAUACUGUCCAGUCAGACGUUGUUGGCAGACUGGCAUUCAAAUACAUGGAGAUGUGUAAAGUAGAUUCGAGUUCAGACUCUGAAUCAGACACUAACCCCAGAUGGUCUGAUGUCAGCAGCAAGGGUUGUGAAAGCAGCGCUCCGGAGAUCCGGGAAGCUCCUGAGAAACUCCAGAAAAACUACCAGCAGUGUCUGGAUCCCUACGAUGGAAGUUCUGAAGACUCCGGUUCUUCUGAUGACGGUGUAAAGAAGCAAAGACACGGUGGUCUUCGGAUCAAAGGAACCGGUCGUAGAUCCUCCAUCACCCCUCAGACGAGGAGAGCUGGGACACGGCCGGACAAUCCAGACGUCCAGAUGAGGUCAUCCAGCGACUCGGAGGUGUGUAACCAGGACUGCUGGUCUGUAAUGAGUGUAAAACCGGAUCUGUCGGACUCCGGGUUCAACAGCAGAUCCGGCCUCAGCUCUCCUGCGGUGCCGUCCGCUCCAGAGACGCUCAGGAUCCCGUCAGGAUCUCCAGACGGCCCGGCUCUACAUGCGGCCUUCUCCAAGAGGAAGUUCUUUCCUCCUUUCGGGCGAGGUGGAGGACGGGAUGAGGAGGAAGCGGCAGUGCAUCAGUGACAUGGAGGUCUGAACGAGGCCUGAGACGGACCUCAUGUUCACUGAGAAGGUUUUGUUUCCUUAUUUAGUUGUUUGGAAAGAAGAGAGAGAGAGUGCAGGUGUUGAACGAGACGAUAAUCGAGUUCUUCCUUCAUUCCUGUUGACACCAAAGUUAUUUCAAUAAUAAAUUAUGACUAAUGAACCUAAA